AUGCAGCCCAGGGCGAACCUGCCUGAAGACUCCUUCUCAGAUGCCUGCUUCAACACCAUCAAUGCUUGGAUCAAGGAAUGUUCUCUGGGCCACAGACUCUGUACUAUUGACAAGCGGCCUCCAUUUCUACCUACUCGACUCGUCGACGUCAGCCCAGAAAGCUGCCCUAGUGGUAUGCGACUCGUGCACACGGUUGAUUUCCUUGACAGGGCGGCGAAAUAUGCGGCCCUGAGCCAUGCCUGGGGCUUGAAAGAGCAGCGCAUCAAGCCCAUACCAAAAACCAGAGCAGACUCGCUUCUAGAUCGGCUGGACCAGAUCCCAUGGGAGGAGCUGACGAAGACAUUUCAAGAUGCAAUCGUUGUGGCUCGCCGGUUGGGCUUGAGGUACAUCUGGAUCGACGCUCUAUGUAUCAUUCAGGACGACGCCGCGGAUUUCGCGACGCAGGCGAGUCAGAUGGCACAAAUCUACGGAAGGGCGCAUGUGGUGAUCUCGGCCACCAGAGCAGCCACCGGCGACGUGGGGAUUUUCCACCGCCGUCCAGGGGCACAAACGGUCUCUUGCACCGAUAAAGAAGACAAGAGGUUGACGGCUUUUGUGAAGCAGCGCCUCGUCCAUGACGACUUCAUCACUGGCGAGCCUCGCGACUUUGGGACUUCCCCCUUGUUUGCUCGAGCGUGGUGCUUCCAGGAACGUCUUCUGGCUACCAGAGUAGUGCACUUUUCGCAGCACGAGAUUGUGUGGGAAUGCAACCAGGAGCUUUGGUGUGAAUGUGGCGGCAUCCGGCCAGACUCGACGACCGAGACGGGCUCGAAUUUCAAGGGAAGGCAAGCACUUGCAAUGCGAAAGUCCAGCUUGUCGGUGCGGCAUCGGACUUGGUACGAUAUCCUCCGAGUAUACACGGCCCGCUCACUCACCGUGGAGAGCGAUCGAUUGCCGGCGCUUUCUGGUUUUGCUCAUCAGAUCGCGACGCCCGCGAUGGGGAGAUACUGUGCGGGAGUGUGGGAAGAGGACCUUCCAGCCUCCCUCUUGUGGCGACCCUUACGUGCCUUGCCUGAGAAACAGGGUCGUGUCGAGAGGCCGGACACAUGCUCUGCUCCGACUUGGGCAUGGCCGUCCGUGCAGGCCGUCAUCGAAAGUUAUGUGCGGUAUAUCAAAGACAAAAAUUCGGAGGUGGUUGCCCAGGUGCUAGAGGUCAAAUGCCAACCUGCAACGGCAGACCCAUUCGGCCAGGUGGCGGGGGGCCACAUCAUCCUCGACGCUCCUGCAGUGACAGCCAUGCUUCGACGAGACGAGGCUCAAACGUCAGAUGAGCGUCAAUACAUGCUUACGGAUGUCAACGACCAGCAUGAUUGCCUUCCUUUCCCGGCCGAUGUGAGCCUGGCAGCAAAAUGCCCAGACCACGUUCCCCUGGGCUCGCAGGUGCUAUGUCUCAUCAUCGAGAGAUUCCACAACCACGUCAAUGCAAACCGUGCCGCCUGCCUUGUGUUGCGGCAAGGUCAAGGUCAAGCAGGUGACCUUCAAGUUGGCAUCUGGUAUCGAAUCGGUACAGUCAACUGUCCUGCACAUUGGGUCAACAAAGGUCAGCGAAGGGUGGUGAAGAUCUUAUAA